AUGAAAACUUCACGCACCUGGAUGGAGUGUUUGCUUCCUGCAUUGUCAAGUGAAAUUCCCGAGGCACGCGUUUUUGCAUCUUUUCAUAUCGCCACCGAAGCAACUCUACACUCAGAUGAAGGGCAUAUCGAAGUGAUCAAAUCACUCCACCUAACCGAUAAACUGGUUCAGGCUGCUUGCAGCAGAAAUGUAUGGGAAUCCAGACUUGGACUGUUCACUUUGACUCUGCUCGGAAAAGACAUGCCGCUAACUCCUCAUGUUCCACUUUGGGCAACAGAAGAUGUGAAGCGCUGGUUGGAACACAACAAAUUAGGACAGUUAGUCGAGCUUUUCGAAAGUAACAGGAUCGAUGGGGAGCUCCUUCUAUCCUUAGGAGAAGCCGAACUGGAACAAGAUUUAGGUAUUACAAACAAGAUCGUCAUAAGGAC